AUGGUGAGACGGUACCUUGGUCCAUCCACUCGCUCUAUCUAUCUUUGCCUGGCCUUUCUGUCCCUUGCUCUUCAUGUCAUUCUAGCAGUCUUUUGUCUCACUGUGCUCCAAACAGCAUGUGUCCUUCCAACCUUAUCUUCCUCUUCCUUGAAUCAAAGAAAAGAUACCAAGAUGCAUCAGUCGUUGUCCUCCUCUUCAGAUAAACUAUCAAUAAGUUCCCCGAAUGACAAAUUUUACAAAUCCAAUGUGACUGGAUUGCCUGAUACCAUUGGCACAGAGAAGAAAAUGAUUGGCACUGGAAAAGUAAAUCGAGUCAUCGAGGAGGCCUCGAAGCUGGAGGCACUUUUCAAACACCCGCUGUACAACCUGCCAGAAGCAGAGCUGCUGGAGGAUGACUGGCUGUUAAGAGUGAAGAAAAACGAGGACACUGGUGAUGACAAGGAAGGGGGCAUCAAUAGUGACAGUCAGUGGCAGAGUUCGAGUCAAGAGGAAGGGUACGACAAAGUCUCUUGGACAAGCGACACAGAGACACACCCACCUUGGUUGCGUUUCCACUUAGGAAUAACUCGGCGAGAACUGUAUAACAGAAAGGACCUAUCUGUGUCAAAGCUGAUUCAUUACUUGGCAACGCAACGCAUUCUUGGAGCAGUUCAAAAGUCAGGGGGUACACAGCUCAAACUGCUAAUGUCAUUUCCAAACCACGGACAAGCUCUGCUCAAACCUAGGAAACAGUCCAGAGACGAAGAGACGGAUGUGAACCUCUUUUACUUCUCUGACUUUGAAAGACACAACGCGGAGAUCUCAGCUUUUCAUCUUGACAGACUACUGGGCUUCAACAGAAUCCCCCCAGUGGUCGGUCGUCUCAUCAAUGUCACCAGUGAGAUCAGAGAGAUUACUACUGACCGCAAGCUGUCUCGCACCUUCUUCACUUCCCCUGCGGGGAAUGUGUGUUUCUAUGGUCAGUGUGACUACUACUGCUCAACAGAGCAUCCACUGUGUGGCCAACCACACUUACUUGAAGUGUCCUUGGCGGCCAUGUUACCUGAACUCAGCCUUGCUCCUCGCAGGUCGUGGAGGUCACCAUGGAAACGAUCCUACAGCCGCACCAAACUGGCCCAGUGGGAAAAGGACUCCACCUACUGUGACACUGUCAAGCAAACCCCUCCGUACAACCACGGCACCAGACUGGUGGAUGUUAUAGACAUGGCUAUAUUGGACUUCCUCAUGAGCAACAUGGACAGACAUCACUAUGAGACUUUUGAGAAAUUUGGCAAUGAAGCAUUCCUGCUGCAUCUUGAUAACGGAAGAGCGUUUGGACGUCACUCCCAAGACGAACUAUCAAUUUUAGCUCCCUUAAAGCAGUGCUGCAGGAUUCGUCGCUCCACCCUCCUUCGACUGCGUCUCUUGUUCUAUCCAGACUUUCGCCUGAGUGAUGUCAUGCGGCAGUCGCUGGCCCAGGAUCCACUUGCAGCUGUUGCUCCCCUACUGUCCGAACCACACCUCGCUGCUUUGGACAGACGCUUAGCAACUAUCCUGCAGAUGGUGGAAAACUGUGAAAAGCACCAUGAAGAUGUCAUUCUCAAUGACCUGGGAAGCUACAAAGAAGAUGAGCACUAA